GCAGCAGCAGCAGCCGCCAGAUGAACGGUCCGCAGCAGGAGGAUCCAGUCCGCUCCACACUCUCCAUGUUGAAACGGAGCAACUUCUCCUCCAGCCGACUCCUACCGGCCACCACUGCCCGCCUGCUGCUCCCCUCAGCCCAGCUAUCUCACACAGUCCCGUGCUAUGAAGCUGGACUGGAAAAGAAGCUCGGACACAACUGUAUGAGCAGCACGCUGGUCGACACAGAGUGAGACACGUUGCUCCAACAAAGGCUUCUGGAUGCAGUGUCUCCCGCGGCUCAGGUGAAAGGUCACGGCAGUUUCCUGUGGCGUCGCUAUGACGACCAGCCAGCGCUCCUCUCACGCAUGAGGAGGUACUAAAUCUGCAAUGGAAAAAGGAGGACAGGGCACCGCGGCCGAGCCGAGCCGCGUAGAGCUGAUACUAGCAGUGGAAGCCGGCUGUGUGUACGAAGGGAGGUUGUGUCUCCUGCCAGUCUAACCUGAAACACAGAGAACAGUGGAGGCACUCUUCCCAAGUGACAAAUCCUUAGCCCCUUCCCGCCCCCCUCCAAUACUCCGGUCACAUCUGGGCAAGAACUAGGAUAACCUCUGACAACUUUCCCGGACUACAUAGGACGAGCAGGUUGUCAGGAUGAAGGAGGAGAAUUUGUUCCAUCGGAGGUUUUCUCUGUGCCCCAACGCCACCUCCCCACCCAAAAUUGACCCCCGCACUCUCACCCGGAACAUGUCUUAUGGAGGAGAAGACGAGCUCUACAACCUCAGCCCAGGCAGUGACACAGACAGGAACGGUCUCUCCAUGCUGAGUAAUGAACUUAGUCCUGCCCAAUCACCAGGCAGCAAGUCUGAGUCCAGGAUGUUUAAUGGUGUUGAGAAGGACUGCUCCUCCCCCACAGAGAAGCUGGCCCGGAAGGAGUCUCUCAAGGUCCAAAAGCAGAAUUACAGGCAAGAGAAGAAACGGGCAGCUAAAGAACUGUUUAGCGCACUAAAGGAUCCCAGUGUUGUCAUUAUGUCCAACUGGCUAAAGAUCCGUGGCUCUUUGAAGAGUUGGACCAAGCUUUGGUGUGCCCUGAAGCCUGGAGUCCUUUUGAUCUAUAAGACCCCCAAAGUGGACCACUGGGUGGGAACCAUCCUGCUCAGCGCAUGCAAGCUGAUUGAGAGACCCUCCAAAAAGGAUGGCUUCUGCUUCAAGCUCUACCACCCACUGGACAAAUCCAUCUGGGCUGUCAAGGGUCCCAAAGGAGAGAACGUCGGCUCCAUCACGCAGCCUCUACCCAGCAACUACCUGAUCUUCAGAGCAGCGUCUGAGUCUGACGGGCGGUGCUGGAUGGAUGCCUUGGAGCUGGCUCUCAGCUGCUCCAGUCUCUCCAAGCUGACACCCAAAGGUGGGAAAGAAGGAGACAUCAGCACGUCUUCAGAGUCCUCCCAUAUCCUCCACCUGCUGCAGUCUACUGCGCUCACUGAUGCGGAGCUGCUACAGUUAAAUGACACUGUGCUGCUCGGCAAUCACCACAUGGAGCAUGACGGCUUUUCAGACAAAUCGGAGCGCGAGGCUCAUGAUGACUGGGACACUACAGCCAAUGAGAACGGUGGAAGGCUAACAGAGGAGAGCGACAUGGACCAAUCGGACGACCUGUCCCCCGGGCCACAGGCCACAGCCUAUGUAGAGCAGAGCACAGAGGAGAUGGCUGAGGCUGGGGAAGCCUCCCAGGUGGAGACUGUCUCAGAGGAGAACAAGGGUCUGAUCUGGAGCCUGCUGAAGCAGCUGCGGCCGGGCAUGGACCUGUCCAAAGUGGUUCUGCCCACCUUCAUCCUGGAGCCUCGCUCUUUCCUGGACAAGCUGUCUGACUACUACUACCACGCUGAUCUGCUCUCACAAGCUGCACUGGAGGUGAGUGCAUACGGUCGGAUCAAGCAGGUGUUGAGAUGGUACUUGUCUGGCUUCUACAAGAAGCCUAAGGGUCUGAAGAAGCCUUACAACCCAAUCCUGGGGGAAAGGUUUCGCUGCUGCUGGCUUCAUCCUCAAACCGACAGCUGCACUUUCUACAUAGCGGAACAGGUGUCACACCAUCCGCCCAUCUCUGCCUUUUAUGUCUGCAAUAGGAAGGAUGGUUUUUCUAUCAGUGGAAGCAUCCUGGCCAAAUCCAAGUUCUAUGGUAACUCUCUGUCAGCUAUUCUGGAUGGCAAAGCCAGACUGCUCUUCCUUGGCAGGGAUGAGGAGUAUGUCAUCACCAUGCCGUACGCUCACUGCAAAGGUAUCCUGUACGGGACUAUGACACUAGAGCUGGGUGGGAAGGUUACCAUUGAGUGUGAGAAAACCAAAUGUUUCACAGAGCUGGAGUUUAAACUCAAGCCUUUCCUUGGAGGCUCCUGCUCUGUGAAUCAGAUCAGCGGGAAGAUCUUUGCUGGAGAGGAGCUCCUGGCCACCGUUGAUGGACACUGGGACAACGAGGUGUUCAUUCAUGAGAAGCGCUCGGGCCAGCAGGAGACGUUGUGGAACCCGACCUCAGACAUUCGUAGCAGCCGCCUCAAAAGACAAGUGGUCCAAACAGACCAGCAGGGAGAGUUUGAGUCUGAAAGACUGUGGCAGCAUGUGACCAGUGCCAUCAUGGACCGGGACCAGCUGCGGGCCACCCAGGAGAAGUUUGUGCUGGAGGAAGCUCAGCGGGCAGAGGCCAGGGAGAGAGGAGACAAACCCUGGACCUCCCCACUUUUCCAUCAGGACCCAGUCACCUGCGAGUGGACCUACAGGCAUAUGGACACGCGGCCGUGGGACCCUGAGCGCUGUCUAGUUCAGUUUGAGAAGGAUGGAGUGGUUCAGACGCACGAGAAAAGCCAGAGGCAACACAACGGACUCUCCUACAGCCACAGCUGGGCCAGCCAACAAAAGGCUGAGAUGAAUGGGAAACGAAGAAAGGCCAGUAGCCAGCCGUCCAGCUGCAGCCAGAACACUGAGAGCAGCAGCACCACACCAGAACCCACACACGAGUCCUCAGACAAUGAAGGGUUCUCAAACCAGUGUGCACGGUGCAAUAAAGAGGUGAAGGACAUCGCCCUGAUGGAGGCCUCCAUCACAUCCAUACAGAAGACACAGCAGGACAUCCAGCGGAACCUGGCGGCUCUGAGUCGUCAGCUGACUCGUCAGAGGGCGACGGACGACGGCGUGUCGCUAACAGGCCGUCACUGUCUCAUCCUCUGCGUCCUGCUCCUCUUCCAGCUCCUCCUCAACUACGUCUUCACCUGAGCCCGCUCCUCAGGGAGGAGUUUUCCCUCCGGCACUGAUCUGGCAUCAGAUCCCUCCCCAAAAAAAAAAAAAGACAAAAAAAAAAAAGCACAGACUCCAAUCAGCAGAUUAGGGCAGAGACCUCAGAUCAGUGUUUGGAGGGCAACUUCAUCCCUUUGUUUCUUCUGAGAGGGGAGGAGCACUGGACAUUAAAGCAAUAAACACAGCCACAGCCACAGCCUGUCAGUCAUCUGCAGAGAGGAACAGCACCACCUAGUGUAGCCAGACUGAAUCAGCGCCGGCACCCACGCACUUUGGACAGGAAAGGAGAGAUGAGAGACGAGCAUGGCUAAAAAGAUUUUGAAUAAAAAGAUGAAAUGUAUGAUGAAGAAUGAUUUUACAAAAAAAAGAAAUGACAAAGAGGAUGUUUCACCAUUCCUAAGUAUCUUUUUAUAUUGCCCUGCAAUACUGUAUAUCUGUCAGUGUGCCUGCCUUUAUGUGUGUUGUUCGUACCUACAGUACAGUAGGCCCCAAGGGUGCAGGCAGAUCUCCGCUUGGACUUCUCCUACUCCCCUUUCUCUCCAGAUUUGGGCCUUAACGCUGAAGCCAAAAAAAAAAAAAAAAAAAAA